AUGGAGGAAGUUAGCGACCCUUUUGACCUCACAUCACGACGACGCCAAGACGUGACAAAAGAACAAAUCAAGAAUGACUAUCCACAAGGCGAUGCGCGAUUGCUUCGAAAGUACUAUACCCGACAGAACAAGCUUAUAGACCAAUUUCUUGGCGUCGACGAUGAAGAGAGGGCCCAGGCCGAAGAAGAGGCUCGAGUAGCGGGCAAGAUUAAGUUUGCAGUCAACGCAUCCUUUGUGGUCAACUUUUGCCUUUUUGUCAUUCAACUGUACGCCGCUAUUUCGACGGGAUCACUGGCGCUUUUUGCCACGGCAGCAGAUGCUUUUAUGGAUCUUGUGUCAUCUUUUGUGAUGCUCAUCACCUCAUGGCUAGCAGCGCGACCAAGCAUCUACAAAUAUCCUGUCGGUCGGACGCGGAUUGAAACAAUUGGCGUCAUCCUUUUCUGUGCCCUCAUGACAACCGUCGCAGUCCAGCUUCUGAUAGAAUCGGCCAGAACAUUGGGCACUGGCAAGACCGAGUCUGAGGAGCUACACUUAAUACCCAUUAUAUUUGUUUGUGUUGCUAUCUUCAGUAAGGCAUCUCUCAUGCUGUAUUGCAUGACGUACCGCAAGUAUCCAUCGGUUCAUGUGUUCUUUAUCGACCACCGCAACGACAUUGCUGUCAACAGUUUUGGCCUCAUCAUGUCGGUUGUAGGCGACAAGUUCAUCUGGUACUUGGACCCUAUCGGUGCUAUCUGCAUCGCACUUCUCAUCCUCUUCUCCUGGAUCUCUAAUGCAUUUGAGCAAAUAUGGCUAUUGGUCGGCAAGGCGGCGCCUCAGGAGUUCAUCGCCAAGCUAAUCUACAUGAGCAUAACACAUGACGACCAGAUCUCCAUGGUCGAGACGUGCCGCGCGUAUCAUGCCGGGCAAAAGUACUAUGUUGAGGUUGACAUAGUCAUGGAUGAACAAACAUCCCUCAAGAUUAGCCAUGAUGUUGCUCAGUCACUACAGCGAAAGAUUGAAGGGCUUGGGGAUGUUGAGCGGGCAUUUGUACACGUCGAUUAUGAGUGUGAACACAACAUUCACGAAGAACACAAGCCACUUUAUGACAGGAAGGCUUAA